CUCACCACAACAGUUAACACCACCCACCUACUACCGCCCCCUCUGCACACGACGCAAGGCCACGACGGGUGAUCGCUGUACUCUGCACAGUGGACGCGUUCGCUGGGUUUGCGUGUGUCAGCUCUCUACGGUUACUGUUGCUGCUGCCCCUGGCCCCCCUUCGCCGCUCUCCAAUCUCUCCAUCCCAUCCAAGGAGGGGGGAGAGAGAGAGAGAGAGAUAUUCGGCUCCCUCUAUCUCUCGGCUGGUUCUUGCCCACCCGAGCAAGCGCCCAACGCAGCUGCUGUCCAGAGCAGAGCCAGCCAAAGGGAAUGAGUACAGGAGGGGAGGGGAGAGAGAAGAGAGAAUCCUUGACUUGUUGUUCUUGGAUGUGACGCGGGCGAGCCUUCUCUGACCGGACCUGCGCCGCGCUCGUGGCUACGGCAAGGAUUGCGCUUUCCGGGGUCGCAGUCCGUCAGCGAAGCGGCAGGGCAGAGGAGCUCUGGAAAGUGGUGGUAACCCACGAGUGGUGCGGGCGGAAGGAGCCCCGGUUCCCAGCCUUCCUUUCCUUCUUCCAUGCGCCCACAGGAAGCCGGAGGAGAGGGGAGAAGAGACCAUUGGGCGCCCCGAUUUCUGCCAACAGAGUAAUGUGAUAAUCACAUUACAAUGGCUUCAUUGGUACCUGGUGUCCUUGUCAAGCUCCUUCAGCAUAUGAACACAGAUGUUAAAGUUGCAGGCGAGCAUCGAUCGUCGCUUCUUCAGGUUGUCAGCAUUGUUCCAGCACUUGCCGGGACUGAUCUUUUCACCAACCAAGGGUUUUACCUCAAGGUGUCGGAUUCAUCCCAUGCAACCUAUGUUUCCCUUCCGGAGGAACAGCAUGAUCUCAUCUUGAGCGACAAGAUUCAGCUGGGUCAGUUCAUCCAUGUAGACCGUCUAGAGGCAGCCACGCCAGUACCCAUCCUUUCAGGAGUUCGGCCAGUUACUGGCCGCCAUCCUUGUGUUGGCAACCCUGAGGAUCUUGUAGUAACCAGCUCCUCGAAUUUUCAUGGCAGCAAGAAGGCACAACCAACCAAUGGAUUGAAGGAUGCCAGCAGCUUGUCACUUGAAAAGGAAAAGAGCAAGUUGGAGAAAAUAAAUGCUUCACGCAAGCCCAUUGGGGCAGAAAAUAAGAAGCCACCGCUAACCAAAUCAAACUCUUCUCUGUCAAAACAAGCUUUGAAUGGGAUUGGUGAUAAGAAAGACACAGUUAAAUCAAAGGCGAAGCCUGCUAUUACUAGGUCAACACCUUCAUCUCCAACCAGUGUCUAUUCUCUACCUGCAUCAUUUGACAGAUUCUCUAAUGAUCUGAAACAGAGAAACAAAGUAAAAGGAGCUGAGAAAGCAUCAUCUUCUAGGCUUUCGUUGUUAGAAAAGGCAGCUUCUGUUUUGAAGGUUACUACUGCAGGGAGGAAGUCCUCUGCUGGUAAUUCUAUCAGUAGCACUGUGUUGAGUAUUGGAUCAGGGCCAAAGGCCUUGAGAAGAAGCUGGGAAGGAAACAUGGAUACAAAAGGAAAAGGCAAUUCAGAAUUAAAAACAACCAAAGCUGACAGAAAGCCUGAGAACAAGAGCACGAUGACUCCUAGAGGAAAGCCACCAGUGGAUGAGAAGGUGUCAAAUAAAGAUGAUACUAUGGCUCAGAAAGCUGUUAGGAAGAGCACUGCAAGUGCGCUUUCAGAUGAUGCUGACAAAACAAUUAAGAAGCAUCCUCCUACUGUGAAGAGAACAUCUGGGGUUUUAAGCAACACUAAUGUUACAAAUUUAGUCAAGGUUCCCCCCAGCAGCAAAAAAUUAACAGAUGCUAGUACUUCGUGGACAUCACUUCCUCCAUCACUUGCCAAAUUAGGGAAGGAGCUUCUGAAGUACAGGGAGUCAGCACAAAUGGCUGCUGUUGAAGCCAUGCAAGAAGCUUCUGCUGCAGAGAGUUUGCUGAGAUGUUUGAGCUCGUACGCGGAGGUGAGCUCGAUGGCGGAGGAGCAGAACCCGCAGCCGGCCGUCGAGCAGUUCCUCGCCCUCCACGGUGCGCUUUCCCGUGCCACAGUGAUCGCUGACACCUUGGCCAAGCCUGCGGCCUCUGUAGCCUCGCCGGAUCGCUCUGCGGCCAGCGACGCCGGAACGGUGGCCUCCACCACCGACGAGGAGGCCGCCGCCGUCGCGGCCGAGCGUGGACGCCGAGCUACGUCCUGGGUGAGCGCCGCGCUCGCCACCGACCUCUCCGCCUUCGGCCUCUACAACCUCAAACCGGUCCCCGCCACGGUCUCCUCGCCCCUGGCCGUGGUCGUCGUCGGCGAGUCAGCGAAGCCAGCGGCGGCCGCGGCCACGUCCAUGAAGUCGUCUCCGUCGCCGAAGUCGCGGCUGUCCUCCGCGAAGGGGAAAGCGAGGACGGGCCCGGGUGCUGCGGCGGCCGCAGCGGCGCUGACGACUACGCCCGCGCCGCCGGAGUGGGAGAGGGGAGGGGGCGCCGAGGAAAGGGGCGAGCUGGCGAGGCGGCUCGGGGAGGAAUCGAGGGGUUGGUUCCUCGGCUUCGUGGAGCGGUUCCUGGACGCCGACGUGGCGGCGGCGGCCCCGUGGGACCGCGAGCGCGCGGCCAGGAUGCUCCCGCAGCUGAAGCGCGUCAACGACUGGCUCGGCGAGAUCGGGAGGCGCAGCGAGGCGCCUCCGCCGCCGGCGGACGCGGACGGAGAGGCUGUGGCGGCCACUACUACCGCCCCCGCGAAUGGCGGGUGCGGCGUGCCCGAGGAGAUGAUCGAACGGCUUAGGAAGAAGAUCUACGAGUACCUCCUCACGAACGUCGACUCGGCUGCCGCAAUGCUCGGCGGCGUCGGCGGCGCGCCCGCGGCGUCGAACGGGAAGAAGGGAUGACGCGGAUGGGAGGUCCUAACUGGGCCGUUAAUAGUGUGAAAUUCGAUUGGGCCAAGAAAUGGGCUUGGUUAGCUAAUGUAGGGUGUUUUGUUUCCUUGUUGGGCCUUUGGGUUUUCUCUUGUUUCUGUUUCUUUCUCCAAGGUUACAGAAAAAAGAGGUGAUGACAAAUUGACUUGUAAAAUUAUCACUGAUGCUGAUUGGGUAACUCUGAAUUAGUACAUGUUUGUUUUUGUUAUGGAUUAUUAUAAUCUGAAUUUUAUAGAGAAGUUUAUUUUUAUUA